UUUUUGGCGCAUCCGAUUCGAAACUCAAUGGUGUUUCUUUGCUUUGGAUAGAAUGUGAACGGCUUGUGUGAAAACUGAUUUACAUAAAGUGCAGCAAAGACGCCACUAGGUUAAAAGUGCUCAGUCGUUUUAGUAUUAUUCAAAGUUUGAAUAUGUUGAAUGCACCUCACUUUAAAACUGUUAUCAGUGUUUAUUCUAAAAGGUGAUAGUUUGAAUGAAUAGGCAUUGUGAGGGCAGGUACACUCCCAAUAUGUCUAUCUGUAAUUAUCGGUUUUUGAUUUUGGGUUUAAAGCAAACUGAAAAUUUAAGAUCGUCUAUAGCCAUUGAACUCAUGAGGAAGACGUCUCUUUCACUUCAAAUGAUAAAGAAUUCGAGAGUGAAAGAAAGGCUUCCGCCAAGGGCCCUUGCUUACCUCAGCACGGGGGCGCGCAGCAGGAUACAGCGGCAGUGCCGUGAGCGCGCCUUCCGUGUCUGAUUCGUUCGCUGACAGCCAGCGGCGCGAGCUGGUCUUAUUAACGGCUAGUGAUCCACACCUCAAGUGUUAUCAACCCUAUUGUGCUCCGCGGAUCGUUUCCUCAUCUCAUUCCGAAGCCGUACAAUUACUCCGAGAUGAAUCCACUGUGUAGCAGAUGUGACCGAGUGGUGUAUCCCACGGAAAAAGUGAAUUGCCUUGACAAGUAUUGGCAUAAAGGAUGCUUUAGCUGUGAAGUCUGUAAGAUGACUCUAAACAUGAAGAACUACAAAGGCUUUGAGAAGAGACCAUACUGUAAUGCACACUAUCCGAAGACGUCAUUCACCAGUGUUGCAGACACUCCGGAGAACCUGCGCCUGAAACAGCAAAGCAAGAUGCAGAGCCAGGUGCUCUACAAGGAGGAAUUUGAGAAGAACAAAGGAAAGGGCUUCAGCGCUGUGGCCGACACACCGGAGCUGCAGAGAAUCAAGAAAACACAAGACCAAAUCAGCAACAUUAAGUACCAUGAGGAAUUUGAGAAGACCCGAAUGGGAGGGGAAGGCCCGCCUCAGUACCCACACUCACCUCAACAAAACACAACUCCAGCAUAUCAACCCCCGGCAGCAUCUCAGAACUAUCACUAUGAGCCUGAGCCUGCGCCUGCGCCUGCGCCUGCCCCUGUGCGUCAGGCCGCUGCCGCCCCUCCUCCCAGCUCUGGGAAGCGCUACCGAGCGGUGUAUGACUACACCGCAGCUGAUGAGGACGAGGUGUCGUUCAUGGAUGGCGACAUGAUCCUGGAUGUGCAGCAGAUCGAUGAAGGGUGGAUGUACGGAAGAGUGGAGCGCACCGGUCAGCAGGGGAUGCUGCCGGCUAACUAUGUAGAGGCCAUGUGAACAGAAGUCAGAGAAAGGGAAAGGGUGGAAAUGAAAAAGAGGGGGUUGCGGCGGAGAGAUGCAGAUGAUUAGCCGAGUGCCAUCUCACCUUUCAAGAUCUCAUCUUUUUCCUCUUCUCUUUUCCUGCACUAACUGUCCUGUCAGGGGUCAGCCUCUAUGACCCGCUCAUGAUCCAAAACAAACAUAGUUCAGUACGUAAUCAUACACGGCAACAGCGCAUACACGCACUCGCUUAAAUAGUGAAUGAUUUACGACUUUCGCCCUUGUCUUUCUCGCUGUCUUUUGCUUUUGCUGUUUGUCUUAUUAGUAAUUGUUUCCUCAGUCCUGGAAAGGUGCUGUCACAAGUGGCACUUAAGUCUUAACAAGACUCGCGCACACACCGACCUUCAAAGUACAUGACCACGCAGACCUUUAAAAUAUAUUUGGUGCCUGCUUUAGAGUACUUCGCAGACAUCUCAAUACACUUAUCUUCUCAGUUGCUCUGACAAUUUGUGAAACAACCUGGUCCAAACUUACAUAUAUAAUAUUAUUCAUUUUUUUCAUAUCUUGUUUGCAGCUUGUAAUUGUAAUGUAUUCAGUACAGUUUCACAUCUCAUUGAAUGUGGGUCAAUGGGUAACGAUGCUUAAUCAUGAGAAUUCUGGUCAUUGCAAUUAUCAUUCCAUGCAUCUGACCAUUUGCAUCAUGUGUGGAAACUUAAAUCUAGAAAAGGCUCCUCUUUUUCAACUGGACAUUCCUAAAACUGUAUGAAAAGGACGAAGCCUUUUGAUACUUACAGUAAAUAUUCACUUCACAUUCCUCUAGCCCUUUACAGAAUUAAAUUAGAAUAUAUGAGUGUAAUUUUGUUCUGCUGCUCUUGCUUUUAAAAAUGCGAGGACAUAGUGAUGUAUUUUGUUCUUCAUAAAGGGAAAAAAAGAAAUGAUAUAGUCACUCAGCAAGCGAGGAGCAGAACAGUUGUAGAUUAGUGAGAGAAGAGAGGAGUCCAAGCACAAUUCUAUGGACCAUUUUAGCUUUGGAUUUUAAUCAUUCCAUUUUGGUUCUGGAACAAUCCAUGUGCAUUGUAUCCAACUGUAUCUCAGAGCUGUUCUGUAAGACGUUGUUUUUGUUUGUUUUUUCCUCAUAUCAUUGCUUAUUCUCAUUGCCUUGCUGGUAUUGUACGAGACAGAAUUUUAAUGUCAAUUUAUCAAUAUCAGUGGAAUAAAAAAAUCUAUUUGUAUACCAAGCGGACGGAAUUGUUAGCAAUGGUAUUAGAAUGUAUUAGAGCCUAGCAUGUAUUUCUCUCUAACUGGAAACCAUGUUACUGUGCAAAGACUCUAAACCGAUUCUACUGAUCAUUGUUCUGUCAAAUGCCAAAAUAUAGAUGCAGAGAAUGAUCAAA